UCCUCUCGGUUGCCGCGAAACAUGCCGGCUGCCUACGACGCCAAGGACUGGAUCAAGCUAGCCGUCAAGGUGCGCAGCCGUGAUGGAUCGGUCCUCCCCGUAGUCUUUCCCAAGAUUGCCCUUGUCUUUGCCAUCUGCAUGGUCAUCCUCAUCGUCAAUGAGACCAUGUUCUACAAGGGGAAAGCUAAGACGGGACUGGUCAUGCCCGACACGGCGCACACGCUGCUGGCAUCGACACUCGGUUUCCUCCUAGUGCUCCGGACCAACAUCUCCCUCUCGCGCUACCGUGAGGGUCGCGGCCAUCUUGGACGGACGGCUCACGAUCUGCGCAACUUUUCGCGACAGACGGCACACUACCUUGGACGAGUCAACGAGGGUGCCGCGGCGCGGGUCUGCCGCUACUGCAAACUGUUCUUCUCGCUGACGCGGAUGCAUCUGCGGAAGGAGAACGACUUUGACAAUCCCGAGCUGCUCAAUCCGGCACUGUACACCCGCGAGGAGAUCAACGAGCUGCGCGACCUCAAGCGUCGGCCGCUCAAGGUGUUGGGCUGGAUUGACUCGUUUCUCCGCCAGCUCCGCGACUCGAACCAGAUCACCGAGCUGGAGGAGCUGCACAUCGACCGGCACCUCGAGUCGCUGACAGGCGUCUUUGCAGCGCUAGUCAAGGUCCAGACGCUGCAGCUCCCGUUCCCGUACGCGCAGCUGCUGUGGUACUUUCUGGCGCUGUAUGUCUACACCCUGCCGUUUGUGCUUGUCAAGUUCUACGGCUGGUACUCGCCCAUUCCGGCCUGUUUUGUUGCCCUCGUCCUGUUUGGCAUCAACUCGGUCGGAAACGAGCUCGAAGAUCCGUUUGGCGACGACGUCAACGACCUCGAGGUCGAUGCCAUUGAGCAGUCGGUCCACGACGACAUCGACUGGUACCUCGCGCUCGGCGUGGCCGAUGAGGGCAUGCCCAAGACGCUCCCGCUCAUCAUCAAGGAUCUGAAGAAGGGCGGAACAAGGUUUGCCAACCUCGACAAGCCCAUGCCUGUUGAGCUCAAGUCGUCCGAGGAAGGCGCAACCGACGACUUUGACGGCGUCAUCGUCGGCCGCCCCGAUGACGACGGCUACCAUCACCAGCGCGUCGGCCACAAGCUCGUCGACGGCGAGUACAAGCACAUUGACGACUACGGCGUCGACGUCGGUGACAAACGUGCCCGUCGCAAGCGCCGCAGCAAGGCCAAGGCCAAGUCCAAGUCCAAGUCCAAAAAACCGGUCAAGCUUGAUGAUGUCUUUGCCACCCCGCAGGCAGAGGUGGCCCGCGAUGCAAGCUCCAAGCUCGAAGAGUCGUCGAGCACGUGGUGACCACCCAGAUGGAUUGAAUUUGCAAUUGCAAACUGCGGAGAGCAGCAGCGGCAUGAGGGGCGGGUGAGACAGAGGUAUGCGUAGCGGCGACAAAAAAAAAAGAUAUGCUCU